UAUUGUGGCUCCUCUGUCCUGUGUGACCCCCCUAACAUACAGAGGAUGGUGAUGGAGGAGGGGGGCCACGCUGACAGAGGGAGGGGGAUUCUAGCACCAGCAGGAGGAAUGGAGAGGAGACAGAUUCUUGUUGAGCUGGGGGAGCAGAACCUCGACACGAUUCGUCUGUCUGCGUAUCGGACGGCAUGCAAGCUGAGAUUUGUACAGAAGAAAUGCAACUUGCACUUGAUCGAUGUCUACCAUGUGAUUGAGGCAGUGAGGGAUGCUGGUCUGAACACUGUGGAGCUGAACGCUGGCAUCUCAGUGGCCCGGCUGGAGAACCUGGUGUCCUCCUUGUUUAACCAGCUCAGCAAGCGCCUUCCCACCACUCAUACCAUCAACCCCCGGGAGAGCACCGCCCUGCUGGUAGACUUUCUACUGGCCGCUGUUGACAGUGAUGCAGACAGCCGUUUGACAGUACUCUCUGUGAAGGCACUGCUGGCCACUCUGUGUGGGGGGAAGCUUGUGGACAAGCUUCGCUAUGUGUUUUCCCAGGUGUCUGACUCAAACGGCGUGCUGGUGCACGCCAGGUUCGACAGCUUCCUGAGGGAGGCGCUCAAGCUGCCCACUGUUGUACACGAAGGGCCGUCCUUUGGUUACACACUCGGCUCUGCCCGUUCCUGCUUCCCACAACAGAAGAGGGUGACGCUCAACACCUUCCUGGACAUCGCUGCCGAGCCUCCUCCCCCGUGUCUCCUCUGGCUGCCUCUGAUGCACCGCCUGGCAAACGUAGAGCAUGUCUACCACCCUGUGACUUGCUCCUACUGUCACAGGAGCGGCAUGACAGGGUUCUGCUAUCGCUGCCUAUGUUGCCGUGGUUACCAGCUGUGCCAGGAUUGCUUCUGGCGUGGCAAUGCCAAUGGGUCCCAUAGUAACCAGCAUCAGAUGAAGGAACAGUCCUCCUGGAAAUCACCAGCAGUAAGACUCGGCAGAGCUUUGAGCAGGACCCUCGGGUGUAUGCCCUCCAGACAGCCCUGCCGCCCCUUUUAUCCAGAGGAGCCUGAGAGGACCCUCAACCUGGCUAACAUAGUACCCCCACGCCCAGUAGAGAACACCACUGAGGCGAUGUUGCUGUCCCCUACAACCCCAAGUUCACCCAAGAGCUUGACUGCUGCUGAGCGUAUGAAUGAGGAACAUGCCUUGAUAGCUGCCUACGUCGACCGCCUCCAGACAGGCUCACACAUGGUGGACAGUCCCAGCAGACAAGAUGAGGAACACAAACUCAUCGCACGCUAUGCUUCACGGCUAGCAGAGACCGACAAUAUAGGAGAGAGGGCCAUACCCACCCGGAGCAUCAACUUUGAUAUGAAUAAAAAGCAAAGGGAGCUCAUCGCCCAGCUGGAGAGCAAGAACAGAGAGAUCCUGGCAGAGAUCCAGCGCCUUCGUACAGAGCACGAGGCAGCAUGUCAGCCCGGUCCAGAGGGGGGCAGCAGCAACCCCAUGCUGCUGACAGAGCUACGCCUGCUCAGACAAAGAAAAGAUGAGCUGGAACAGAGGAUGUCUUCACUGCAGGAGAGCCGGAGGGAACUAAUGGUGCAGCUGGAAGGCCUGAUGAAGCUUCUCAAGGAUGAGGAACAGAGACAGGCAGCGCAGGCGGCAGGCCCCUCUCAGACAUCUCCCUCUCGGCCAAUACCAGUGACUGUCCGCUCAGCAGGCCCUUCCCCUCCUCUUACACACAUGCACGGCCCCCAGGACUCCCUUGCCGGGGUGGGGGGUGACGUUCAGGAGGCCUUCGCCCAGGGCCACAGGAGGAACCUGAGGAAUGAUCUUCUGGUAGCAGCAGAUUCCAUCACCAACACCAUGUCCUCACUGGUGAAGGAGCUCCACUCUGAUGAUGGCCGGGAGGAAGAGGAGAGAUUGCUGAAUGGAAAAGACAGAGUAGGUUAAAGGGAACACAGGACACAGAAGAACAGACUGAUGUGACUCCAGUGUUGCUUUCGUCAUGGCCAAAGAAGACUGUCAUCCCCUGGAUAAUAUCAAAAAUGACAUGAUCAUCAGCCAAUGGGACUAGAGCCCCACUGCCAAUCAACCAAUCACAAUGCUGGACAUGGAGCGAGCUGUGGGUCCCUACUGAUGUGUUGAGUGAUUCUGUUUGUCUUAUCACUGUUUGACACAGCUUUACUUUGUGUGUAACCUGCUUGAUCUGAUUGUACGUAGCUGUAUUAGAACUCUGAAAUCUACUGAUUUGUGCUGGAGUGUGUGCUCCACAUGUGAGGAGCAGGAGGCUUGGGUACGUGAGAGGGACGUUGGCUUGCGAUGCAGAGGAGAUGUGACAGGAAGUAGAGGAAGGAUUAAUAAUGUGUACAAAGAAGGUCCGAGAUGUUUGAUGUGAACAGAGAGAAGAGGGAAAGAGGUGAAGAAGUGAGCGUUAGCAGAUGAGAAGUCGAGGCUUGGGACUUGAGUUUUCUGUAAUUGGCACUGUGUGCUUACUGCUUAGUAUUUAUUUUUCUUUGAUUUAAAUUGAUUUUGCUUUCACCACUUAUGCGUUGCGUUUAAGGGGAGCCUGAUGUCCUGUGUGUGUUUGUGUGUGUGUGUGUGUGUGUGUGUGAAAGAACAAGUAAAUAGUUUGAGCAUCAGUGAGUGUACUCAGGAACUGCUGUGACAAUAAGCUUUAACAGGAACUUUUCAAGUUGUUUUCUGCCUGUCCAACAGCUUCAAGGCAGUGCUUGCAAAGUACAACCCCAACCCCCAACCCCCAACCCCCCCCCCCCCCCCGUCACACGCAGCUUCCUAGUGUCUGGAUGAGAUCAGUGCCAUAUUUGUUCAGGUUGUUCAGGAUUGUGUAUAUCUGGUACUGACU